ACGCUUAAAAGAUAUGCGAGAAUAAUCGUUUAAAAACCAGUGGAAUUUCGAUUCUGUUUAUUCCUCGUUAACCGUGCAAUAAAUAUUCAAGCCCUCGUCCACGAAUCUCGUCCGGGAAAUCGAUUUUUCAUCGGUUUAACGGUGGUCUCUUAUUCCAGUGAAAAGAGUGCGUGCGCGUUGUGUUCAUCGAGUGAUUCGUGAUGCGCGACGAGGACUGAUUUUAUAAAAGUAUUUGAACAAAGAUAUCCUGUUAUUGUUGAAAGGACUCGUUCCCAUGGGCCUCUGGUUUCGCGUAGAAUGCGAGAAAUAAAUUCUCCGCGGUCUGUCGACACGUUUGAAACCGUCAAAAAUAAUAACGUAACUCUACUCAGCAAUAAUAGUUCGGCGCGUGUUUCAAAUCGCGUUUGUGAUUCUCUGAACGCCCAGUUAUGGCUAUCCGCGUACACCACGGCGUUAGAUAUCGAAGCCUGUGAACUCCUAUCGCGGUCGUCCUGCGUAAAAUUAUUCGUUAUUGCAUUGCUCACGUUUGCAAUUACUCGUGAAUUAUGUAACUUGUAACAAUUCUAUUUGGCGGCAGAAGAUAUUAGACAUUGUUAGGUUCGUAGGAUACAUUCUUUCACGUAAUGGAAGAGGAAAUAGUAGUAGACGACAUAGAUGAGAAUAGUUGCACAGAGACCCAACAGUUGGAUGACUCAACGACACCCGUCAUGCCUUUAUUAUAUAUUCAACAGAGUAAAUUGCGUUCUGCACCCCAAACAACGACAAAUCAAGCCUUGGUUUCGCAGAAUGCUACUCAACUUGCUGCCAUUAUCAAUCCAGUUAACAAUCAGAUUGUUACUGGACAGAAUAAAGUAUUUAUACAAGGGCCAAGUCAGGUUACCACUGCUCAAAGUAAACAACAUAUUGUAAUUCACCGGCCAAUUAAUACUGUCAGUACAACAACAACUUCGCAAGGUCAGAAACACAUAUUGCUUAGAAAGUCUAACGCAUCCACUGCUCAGAUCGUGCCCUUAAGUACUUCUCAGGGAAACCAAACUAAUGCCCAAGCAGGCAAGCAUACGUUUGCAUAUCUUGGAACGCUUAUUAAACCAAAUAAAUCGCGUGAAUCGGUUGUUAUUCCAGCAGGAGCUUUGACAUCAUCUCAGAUAACUAAACCAAAAUUAGUAAUUGCACCAGUUAUAUCUCAAUUAGCUCAAACAUCGACGAGCACUACUAUAGGGUCUCAAAGUCAACCUUCCAAGCACAUGGCGAAUUUAUUACUUCCAGUCAGUAUUCCUCAACAAAGCGGACCGACUAAACCCAGCAUGUUUAAUUUAAAAAUCAAUAAUGGUCAAAUUAGUACAGAAAGUAAAGGAACCAUUACAGUUUUACGGGAGUCAAAAACAACAAAUUCUGCCACUCAUCCACCACCGCUACAUCCCAUUGCAAAAAUGAGUUUACUGAGUGCAAAUAAAGGAAACAAUAAUUCUACGGACAGUAUAAAGAUUACGGAAAAUCCCGAUUCUGCUGUUAUUACGCCUAUUCCAAAAAAAGAUGACACGGGGAUGCCCGAGAAAAGAAAAAAGACCAUAAGCAAUAUAUUGCGAGGAUCUAAUGAGAAGAGAUUGAAAAAACAAACUUUGCCAAAAUCUCCACAGGAGAGUAUGAUGGAUGUAACCUACGCGCUAAGUAGUCCCGAGUUAGAACAAGAUAAAGACAAAAAAGUUCAAAAUGACGACGACAUUACUUUGAUCAAAGUUGUUCCUAGCGAAGACAAAUCUAUGAAACUUAAUACCACGAUGGACGAUGACAUAAAAAUAGAAAUUAUUAAAACACGCACGAGUUGUGGUAUCGAGACAGUAUCGGAUAACAAAAAUGACACGAAAAUGAGUAAUUACGAAGACUUGAAAGAUCAUUUAAACGCUACUCAUCCGAAUGAUUCCAGUUUUGAUGCUACAAAAGUGCUAGAUUGGAAAGAUGGAGUCGGUACUCUUCCUGGAAGUACAUUGAAGUUUUGUAUGAAUGAGUUUGGUAUUAUGGAAGUAGUGGAAGAGGAUGAAAACAAUAAACAAGGUAAAGAUGGUAUCGGUGAUAAAGAAAACGUGUGUUUAACUCAGAACUCUUCCAAGUCCAGUCCCUUAACUGUUAAUAAUGUGAAUACUGAAAAGAAACCCGAUGAUAGGAAGUCUAGGACCGUAUCAGCGGAUACAAUGUAUCACUGCGAAGGUUGUGGGUGUUACGGAUUAGCUGCGGAAUUUGAAAGUCCAAUAUCGUGUAGCCCUUCGUGUACAGAAGUAAUAGAAGCUAAGAAACAACCUUCGAUGCGGAAGGACAAAGAUUUGAAAGAUUUACGCGUGAAACGAAAACGUAAAAGAUUACUCCAAGAGCAACAACAGCCUAAAGAAUUGGAGGAUAAGUCCGAGGAAAAAGUACAAGACAAAGUAAAAUCUGAAACGGACGAGGAUACUAAAGAUACUAUCACGGGAAUAGACGACGAAAGUCAAGGAGAUUCGAAUGAAUCGAAGUAUCCUUGGCAGACAGGAAAACUCGGAUUUUCGUGGUCCAAGUAUCUUGAACAUUGGAAAGCAAAGGCUGCGCCUGUUAAAUUGUUUAAGGACCCUUUUCCAUAUAGUAAGAAUCACUUCAAGGUUGGGAUGAAAUUGGAAGGAAUAGAUCCGGAACAUCCAUCGCGUUACUGUGUUCUCACAGUUGUCGAAGUAGUGGGUUAUCGAAUACGUUUGCAUUUCGACGGAUAUCCAGAAAACUACGAUUUUUGGAUAAACGCAGACAGUAUGGAUAUAUUUCCCGUUGGGUGGUCCGAAAAAAAUGGACAUCGAUUGGAUCCGCCAAAGGGUUACGUGGCCAAUAAUUUUAAUUGGAAUGCAUAUCUUAAAAUUUGCAAAGCUACUGCAGCGCCGAAAAAUAUAUUUUUAAAUAAAAAUUCGGUCUUUCCAACUGGUUUCCGAGUAGGAAUGAAAUUGGAAGCGGUAGAUAGGAAACAUUCUUCGUUAGUUUGUGUAGCUAGCAUAGCAGGCCUAAUGGAUUCCCGUAUAUUAGUUCAUUUUGAUUCUUGGGACGAAGUUUACGAUUACUGGGCAGAUGCAAGUUCACCGUACAUUCACCCGGUAGGGUGGUGUCAUCACAAUGGUCAUAGCCUUACGCCACCGAAUAAUUACAAAGAUCCCAAGUCUUUCACAUGGGACGCGUAUCUGAGAGAAACUCGUUCCAUGGUUGCACCAGCUAGAGCUUUCAAACAACGGCCACCAUGUGGAUUCAAACGUGGAAUGAAAUUGGAGGCCGUUGAUAAACGAGUGCCUCAACUCAUAAGGGUAGCAACGGUCGAAGAUGUAAAAGAUCACAUGUUGAAAAUACGAUUCGAUGGAUGGCCAGAGAAUCAUGCAUAUUGGGUUGACGAUGAUUCCCCAGACAUACAUCCCAUGGGCUGGUGUAUGAAAACAGGUCACCCCUUGGAAUCACCGUUAACCCCUGAUAAUUUGAACGACAGACCAGAGUGUGGAACGUAUGGUUGCACGGGAAUAGGACACGUAAAGGGUCCUAAAUACGCAACGCACAACUCUGCGUCUGGUUGUCCAUACUCGCCUCAAAACCUUCAAAAAGUUAGGCAACUGUCCGAUAGGCUUAAUCUAAAGCACGAAGCAUGCGAUUUUGACGAUGACAUGCUGGACAAGCCAAAAACUGAAAAGACUGAAAAAAUAAAAAUGGAGAAAUCUGAAAAGUCUGAGAAACCCUUGUUUAUGGAAGAACGAUUAUUAAAGACUGAAAAAGAUUUUAAACAAGAAGAUGGCGACCUCUCCGAUAAAAAUGACAAGUCCGAAAAUUCGGAAAAAUCGAGUAAGUCGAAGCAUCAUCACAGCGACGGACAGACGGAUGACGACGAACUGUUGAGAAAAAGAAAGAAACGGCGACAAAUUUCGGAGGACGCCUUGUUUCCCCUUUCAAACUCGUACGGUGAUUCAUCGCUAAAUUCCGUACCAUACGCUGCAAACAUGCCAGAUAAACAAUUACGUACAGAGCUAUACCAAUCUGUGUACAGUCCUGGAUAUAAUCCGUUACCCGACGCACCGCAUAUAUGGGCAAAACAUAGCAACGCUCUGAACAGGGUAGUAGCAAGGCAAAACACUAAUCCUCGGCGGUGGUCGAACGAAGAAGUAAUCAAGUUUAUACAGAGUGUUCCCAAUUGUAAAGAAAUCGGAAAUAUGUUUAGAAAACAUAGUAUCGAUGGCGAAGCAUUUCUGAUGUUAACUCAAGAGGAUUUAGUAUCGCUACUGGGAUUACGUCUUGGUCCUGCUAUUAAAUUGUACAAUAGCAUAGUACUCCUUCGCAGGAGGGCAACGUGAAUGACGUGCGAUGAACGCAUAUACAAUUGGGUAUUAAAAAGUGCAAAGUGGCAGCUAUCGUGACGAUAAUGUCGAAUGUAUUUAUUUUAAAACUGUAACAAAUCAUCGAGGUAGACACAUAUUUUCCAUCGCCAAUGAAAAAUGUUCGUUUAAUGCAAUACAACGGCGAGGAGUGAUGGGGGGGGGGGGGGUAUUGGGGUUGAGUUUUUAAUAAAUUGGAUCAAGCGAAAAAAAGAUUAUCAAACGAAGAGAAACGAAGACUAUUGUGUUUGAAGUUGAAAUCGACGAUUCCAUUGACUCAUCGGAUACAUAGCUCGAAUGUACGCGCAUAAGUACUUACGAUCGAUCGUUCUAAUUUUUUCCUACACAGUGAAGUGCAUUCAAUCAUGUACAAAUGUAAAUAUAACGAUCUUAAUAAUUAAAUAUUGUAAUACAAAAAUAUAAAUCCUGAUGU